AUGCCAGCCGGAUGGUGGGAUGGCUCAACAGGAAAUGAAUUGCAGUUCAUCCGAGGAACUUGCACAGACAAGACUUGGUCAUCACCAGAGUGCCCAGAGAACUGCGUAGCUGAGAGUGUUGAUGGCGGUGAAUGGGUUAUGCGAUGCGGAAAGAAUUCAAGCAAGUAUUGCUGUUCAGCAGAUGACUGCUGCAGCAAAGCCUCGUCCAAUCUGUUCUCUAUGGCCGAUCCCGAGAUCACCGCAACCGCUGGCGUAGCGCCAGUCGUCACGUCGGUAAACGGUACCACCACAACAAUACCGUCAACAACCUCUGUACCAACUGCAUCGACGACAUCCGCUACAACAACCACAGGAGAGAAGGCCACACAGCCAACCGCCACUAGCCCUCCAACCGAGACCAAGUCCACCAAUGGAGACACCGGUCUGUCACAUUCUCAAACAGUUGCUAUUGGCGCCGGUGCCGGGGCGGGAGCAGGCGUGCUCGGUUUGGGAUGUUUAUUGGGUUGCUUAUGCUGGCGCCGACGAAGACGUCGCAGAAAGGAAGAAGCAUUCAAUACGUUUGGCCAAGCAGGUUCAAGCCAAGGAGGUUCGGAAUGGGACAAUUGGUCCCAGCCUGCUUCGAGGCGUUUAAGUCAUGGUGUCAAGGAGUUGGCGUCAGAUAGUCCGUUUGAUAGGGGACUGACAGAGUUGAGUUCAAAGAACCAUCGCUCAGUCUACGAAGUGGAAUGA